AUGGCCAGAGAAUGGAAAAGGGCGCGAGCCCAAGAUAUUCUGGUUGACUCAGACAAUGAGGGGAAUGAGGGGUCUGACGACCAUUACUCGGAUCCUUACGAGGACGAGUUCUCAGAAGGCGAGAGCCACCAGGGAAAACAGUUCUCAUCGGCACCAACUAAUGCGGCACAGCCAGAGGUGCUCGGGACAGACACUGCCUGCGACACCAACGAGUUACCUUUGUUUGACCUGGAUAAUUUAAGCCCUCAGGGUGCGUAA